AUUAAACAACCCUUGGCAUUUGAGUCCUGUGACUGUAACAAUUGUAUCCUUCCAUGUGCUUGGCCAGUAAUAAUAACCCAGCCAGCAGCACUAGUACUAGGGAUGUCACUGUUGUCUUGGAUAAAGCUAACACAGGGGUUAGGACUUUGGAAAUGGCCAGAUCUUUCUCCCCCCCCUUCUCUCCAGUGCAGUUUGCAGAGACUAGAGAAAAGUCAGUCUGACAAUGGAUAGUACAAGAGCGCCCACAAAGGCUGUGUUAUUCCUGAAAUGGAUCAGAAUAAGUUACUUACUAAACAAUGGGAAAACAUGCAGCGUGAGGUUUAAUUAUAUGACUAAGUCAUUAAAUGGCUGGGCUGUGCUUUAGGGCAAACAGGCUUCAUGAGUGCGAUGCAAAGAGACUUUGGUCCUGUGAUUUUGAAUUGCUAGUGAAUAAUUAAAUGUUGCAUAUUACAUUAGAGAUGGUUGAUGCACCGAUGGCUCGGAUCCAAGGAUAUUGACAAUGUGAUUUAUGCGCGCCAUCCUUUAUCCUGAAAGCAGGGAAUGUCUUUAAAAGUACAUGAAUGCAUUUUUUACGUUGUCGGGGAAGCUUGUUAUUUUUAUAUGUUUUUUACAGACCUACAGAAAUAAUUAUUUUCGAUUUUUCACUCCAUCUUGUUGAAAAGGCCAACCCCAGUUAUUAAACUCAAUUGCAUAGGAGUACCAGGCUAGACCAGACUAGGAAAACCCAGCUGUUGAGGAACCACAAGUCCUUGCAUUUAUUGCAUGAGCCUUUGCAGAAAUUGUAGACUUUUCUCUAAACGUAGCAGAUUCUGUGAAUCAACUCAAAAUCACGCAUGCUCAAUCUGUAGCUGAGGAACUAGAAGGCCCAGUAUGCAUUGAUUCCAUAUCUGCCAUGAUAAGAUGACUAUUAGUUCUAAUCCUUCCUCUUGCUACUACUAGCAAGGACACUUUGAAUGUAUUGUGCAACAACCGGUGGUCAUGCAGCUAUGGCCAACAGCUAGCUCACAGGGCAUGCUGGGACUUUCAGUUCCUUGGAGGUCUUCCGGUUGCUGACCCUUGUUGCUGUGGCUUUGGCCACUGAGAUCAAGGUAGCUGUAUGUGAUACUUUGGCUACAGCUGUUGCCUGACCCAGUAGGAAACCAUAACACAUGGUCACUGAGUGACAGCUUUUUUUUUCAAGAAUUUUUCAUGCCUGUGCAAUGGUGUCUGUCUGUUUAGAGGAGGAGGAGGAGGAGGGAUGGAGGUGGAGUUUACUCAUCUGGCAGAUCUGGAGGAGGAGGAGGAGGGAGAAAGUCUCUCAAGAAACAGAAGGAGAAAAAAAAAGAGAGAGAGAGAGAAAAAAAAAAGAGAGGAAAAAAUGCAAGCACUUCUCUCCCCCUCCUCCUAAUAUAGAGAGCAAAGCUUGCAUCCAUGAGCAGGCAGCAUUGGUGUACCCAUAGAUGACACUUUCUUGUCACUGAGUUCCUGGUACAAGCACUGGAGACACUUCAGCCUUGCAAAGGAUCCCUUGCACCCAAUUAGUACACUGGAUGUUGACUUUUUUCCUUGCUUUUCCUAUAGACUUUUUUUUCUAUACAGCUUAUCAGUAUUCAUCAUCAUUUACAUUUUUCCAAUGCUGUGGUUUGAUUGAUCAGCACUUACCCUUCUGUUGUUGCUUGUGAGCUUCUGCUGACUGUUACAACCCCCCCCCCCCCCCCUAAAAAACAAAAACCUGGGACUCCGGAUCUAUCCUUGUAAAAGGACAGCGAUUCAGGAUUAUUCCACUAUUUCUCUUCCUAUCUUGCAAACAUGGAUGUUUUGGCUAGUUAUAGCAUAUUCCAGGAGCUGCAGAUUGUACACGACACGGGCUACUUCUCAGCAAUGCCAUCUUUGGAGGAGAAUUGGCAGCAGACCUGCCUGGAGCUGGAACGGUAUUUGCAGACCGAACCAAAGAAGAUGUCAGAAGCUUUUGGGGAGGAUUUAGACUGUUUCUUAAACAGCUCAAUUCCUCAAGGUCCAGAUGGUUGUGCCCGUAAACUAGAUCCAAUUGUAAUUCCUGUGGACAUCAGCGCGUACGAGAAGCGCCCUAGUAUGGAUAUUUUACUAUCACAAGACAAACUUCUGUCAGAGACCUGUGUCAGCCUACAGCCUGCAAGCUCCUCUACAGAGUGUUACACAUCGGUAAACCAGGCACAGCUUAAUGCUGUUACAUCCCUAACGCCACCAUCUUCCCCAGAACUCAGCCGACACCUUGUCAAAACGCCACAGUCCCUCACUGCUUUGGAUGGAACUGUGACAUUAAAACUGGUUGCAAAAAAGGCCUCUGUGAGCUCUGGAAAGGCCACAGAAUCCGCGUCAGCUGGCAUUACAUCAAAAUGUGGGCUAAGUGACAAUGAACAGUCUGGAAAUGCAGGAGAAGCCUCACCUGAAAAUAAGAAGAGAGUUCAUCGGUGCCAGUUUAAUGGCUGCAGGAAGGUCUACACCAAGAGUUCUCACUUAAAGGCCCACCAGAGGACGCAUACAGGUGAGAAGCCAUAUAAAUGCUCUUGGGAAGGGUGUGACUGGCGUUUUGCUAGGAGUGAUGAGCUUACGAGGCACUACAGAAAACACACAGGGGCAAAGCCAUUUAAAUGCAACCACUGUGACAGGUGCUUUUCCAGGUCUGACCACCUUGCUCUGCAUAUGAAGAGACAUAUUUAAGGACAUUUCAAAGCAUUUAUGGCUCCUAAGCCUAAAAGGACCAAGGAUUGCAGUGGAUACCAGUGGUUAUGCCCAUGUUAUAGCAGGAGUUACAGAACAUUUCUUCAUGUAAACCUUUGUACACAAAAAUCCAUAUCAAAGUCCAUGCACCGUCAAACACUCAAGUAUACAAGAUAAUGUUUGUUAUGCCUUACCCCCCAGCCUAAUUAAGAGGCACAGAGUUUUGGAGAGCUGAGCGAUUAAGGAACUGCUUCAUACUGAUAGUUUUUCGAUUACUCUGGAACCCAGGAUAUUGAAAAUUCCCGGACAGUAAAAUAACGCUAUCUGAAGAACAAACCACCUUUUUGAAACUCAGAAGUCACCUUCGAGUUGCAUUGUUGUAGCACUAAUAUUUUGUUUUAAAAGGUAAUUUAAGAAAAAAAGACUGGUUCCAAACUAUUAAACCAAAACUCAUUUGAGCCCCUUGGUGCAGGUUUAUAUUUGGACUCCAAAUUAUAAAGAAUUCUAGCUUGACCAAGCUCUGUUCUGUCAAGUAUGUGGUGUUCUUCUGGUUUGGCCUCAUUACAAAGCUCUUAAGAUCAUUUUUAACUUGGUGCCCUAGGCCUUACUGCCACUUGACUGGUGGGGUCAGAAAAAUGAAACCAUUAUGGCUACUGUUAGGUCUGUGUUUCAGAAGAUCGUGUGGAUGGAGGAGCACUCAUUAAAUCCCCAACCUUAUUUAUUUUGACUUCUGUUGGCUGUAGCACACCUUAUGCACUAUGGACUUGUAAAAGCCACUGACACUGACUGAGGAGGGAGCCUGUUAAAUAUGGGCGCCCUUCACCACCAGUGUGCGCACUUCCAAAGGUUAAAUAACCUUUCAUUUUUUUCAGUGACAUGUUAUUUUAGUCUUUGCUUCAUUUAAAAGGCUUUUUUUUUCCAAAAGCUUUUUUUUGUCACAUUCUUUUCAUGGAUACGUAUAUAUAACUGAACUUUUCAAUCUCCAUCUGGACACUUUUAGCUUGAAUUGGACCAGCAAAUUAGACUUGACUUCAAACAUUGAAUGGGCAGCAAGCUUACUCCCAUUGAACUUUCCAAAUCUUGUGCUUGAUCACUGACUUCUACUCCUAUUGAUAUAACUAGUUAGAAACUUGAUGUUAUUUCCAGAGCAGCUGCAUUUUGUACUAAAUAUUUUCUUUUGAGUAUCUGAAGACAUCAACUACAAAAAGCCAAAUAUGUUGACAUUGGAUAAUGGAGGACACUUACAGCAAAUGAUAUUGCCAUAUUGACCCUUUAUUGGUCAAAGGCAGACAAUUCCUUGUUUAUCAAGGCCUUUUCAUUGGACACUCUUAGCUAUAAUUAAGAGGUCCUAAUGGAUAGACAUUGUUGGCAUUUAUCCAGGUUAUUGGUGUUUUUUCCACUUGGGACAUCAUUGCGAAUUGCAGGUCUAAUUUGACCUUAUACUGAUAAAAUCUAGACUCAUAAAAAUAAAUUUAACCCAUGAAUGCUUAGCUAAUGAGUAUCCAUGUACAUACAACUCAACCAGUAGUAAUUAGUCUUUGUUUCAAAGACUGACCAUCAGACCAUAUCAAGUGGUCAAUUCAAGUAGAUGUGGUGGGGAACAGGUUGUAUAUUUUGUAUAUUCUGGGACCACCCCUAAGCAGCUAGUAAAAUUGCACAUUUGGUCCCACUGUGUCCAGAUGAACGCAACUUUACCCAGCCGGCUGGCCUCUUUUUAACUUGUUUUGACUCCUUGACUGUUAAGCAAAAAAAAAAAAAGUAAAAAAGAAAGUAAAAAAAAAAAAA